AUGGUCAUCAGCGCCGACAGCUCCGGUCCUGGGGCCAACUCCCCGGACAGCGCCAAGCCGGUCGUCCUCAUUAUCGGCGCCGGCGUCAGCGGGUUACUGCUUGCCCAGCAGCUCAAGCGCGAGGGCAUCUCGUACCGCAUCUUCGAGCGAGAUGCCGAUUUGGAGACUCGAGGCGCGGGUUGGGGUCUAACGCUGCACUGGUCGCUGACAGCGCUGCAGAGCCUGUUGCCAUCGGGGCUGGCGGAGCGCAUCUGCGACGAGUCCAGCGUGGAUCGAUGGGCGGAUCGGCGUGGUGAAUUAUCGAGAUUCCCCUUCUUUGAUCUCGACAGCGGAGAGCUCAAGGCGCAGACGCCGGGGGCGGUCAAGAGUGCGAGGAUUCGAGUGACUCGCCAGAGGCUGCGGAAGCUGUUGGCGGAGGGAAUUGACAUUGAGUGGGGGAAAACCCUGCACGAGUUCCAUACCAGCAACGAUGGCACAGUCAGCAUCUCUUUUGAAGAUGGCACCUCAUGCACUGGGACGCUGUUAGUGGCAUGCGAUGGGGGCCAGUCGCGUGUGCGUCGCGCUUUGUUCCCAGACGAGUCAAAAUCGUUGUUGCAGCUGCCUGUGCGGACCAUGGGCGUCAAGAUCUUGUUAACGGCGGAGCAGAUCGAGCCAAUCCGAAAACUAGACCUGUUUUUCCUCCAAGGCGCAUCGCCAACCAACGAUUCCUUCAUGUACAUCAGUGUUCUCGAUGUCCCCGGAAAUCAGGCUGAUAGCGACCCUAACGUCUUCAGCUGCCAGCUACAUUGCUCGUGGCCAUACCCGGGCACCGGGGCGCCAACUGACGUCCCAGCCACCAACAAGGAACGGUACGAGCUGCUGCGCGCCUACGCAAAAACUUGGUCUGAGCCUUUCCGCUCUCUUGUCUUGAACAAUGUGCACGCCGACACGGAAAUCAAGCGCCUGGAUGUGCUAGACUGGGCACCGCCCAUAGGCUUGCACUCGAACGGACAGGUUGUGCUGAUGGGCGAUGCAUUUCAUCUAAUGGCGAUGUACCGAGGCGAAGGUGCCAAUCAUGCCAUCAUCGACGUGCUCGACUUCGCGACGCACAUCGUCCCGGUACUAGCGGCCCUGCGCCAGGCGCUAGACGCCUAUGAAGACGCCGUCGUCUCUCGUGCCCGGCCAGGGGUACUGGCCUCGCGCAGGGCUUGUUUGGACGCUCACGCCUUUUCCAGGCUGUUUGGAGAGGCGGCGACUGGCGUCAGCCCGCUCCUUAGCAAGCGCGAGAUGAUGCUCCAAUUUGACGACGAAUCGCUGGAGCUAAUCAAGUAG